AUGUUGCGACAUGAGCCUCUAUUUCGCAGAUUUAACUAUCGCCUCUUCCUGUCUCUUCGAGAGGUCAGGACAUGUUCUGAAUACCUAGAAUACUGUAGAGUGAACCAAUUGCCAGUGGAUUCUGCAAUCUUCAGAGGCACAUUGUAUGAGUUCUUCACCAAGGAAAAGUUGGAAAGCAUCAUGAAUUGCCGAAAGAUGGUUCGGGUAGGUGGGGCUGGCGAUCAUGGCGUGGACCUCAUAGGUAAUUGGAACUUGAGUGAGUAUGAUGUUGAUGAGACAGCUAAGUUGACGUCUAGACUGCUUUUACUGAAAUCUAAACCUGGUGGAAGCAGCCAGCCCCUUCUAAAUUUGGAAGACGACAUUAUAGCUCUAGUUCAGUGCAAGAAUUAUGCUAGUAGAAUUAAGGCUUCUACAAUCAGAGAGCUAGCAGGAAUCUACGAGUAUCAUGUCAAAACCAAAUUGGACACUAUGCGAGUAUUCUUCUUUUUAGUCUCUCCGUAUCCACUUACAAAGCAAGCGCAAGUUCAAAUGGACACAAGUAAGGUGCCCAUAGUCCACAUUAAGCUACUGGCUAUGAACCUUGAUGAUAUAGCAAUAGGAAAUGUUGAGAACACAGAGCUGGAGACAUCUGAAGAAAAGUAUCAGAUAGAACGAUGGAGCAAAGGCAGCUUUAAAGCUGCCUAUAUGAAUAAAACAGCAGCUAAGCUACUUACUGGGUUGAAUGUGCAGAGGAAAUACGCAUUAAUGAUAGAUAAAUAG